AUGCAUGCAGGGUUCCCUCCAAAGCUUGAGGGUCCCGACCCCGACCUCGAGCGCAACGAGGACCAUCGCUUUUUCAGGAACAACACCGUCAACAGCUUCUCCUGGCACGAUCUCACUGUCUCCGUCAAGGAUCGUCAUACCAAACAGCCUCGAAACCUGAUUGAGGGGAUCAGCGGCGCGGCUCAGCAAGGUGAGCUGAUUGCUCUAAUGGGACCCUCGGGAUGCGGCAAGACUACCUUGCUGAAUGUUCUGGCUCGUCGCGCGGCUUCAUCCGGAGCGAAAGCCACCGGAGACUGCUACGUGAACGGGGUCGUAGUCGACAAUACGACGUUUGGUCGACUUACCUCUUACGUGGAGCAGGAGGAUGCGCUGAUCGGCUCGUUGACGGUGCGCGAGACCCUCAAGUUUGCUGCAGAUCUCUCCCUGCCUAGUUCGGUCACCAAGACCCAGCGCCAGGAGCGCAUUCAGUCCCUGUUGUUGGCGUUUGGUAUUCAGAACCAGUCCUCCACCCUGGUUGGCACCCCCAUCCGCAAGGGCAUCAGUGGUGGCCAGAAACGGCGGGUCAGCGUGGCGAGUCAACUCAUGACCUGCCCAAAGAUUCUGUUCUUGGACGAGCCGACUAGUGGACUGGAUUCGUCAGCUAGUUUCGAAGUAAUCAACUACGUCAAGAAGCUGGCUGUCGCAAACAACCUCAUCAUCGUUGCAAGUAUCCACCAGCCCUCUACAGCCACCUUUCAGCUGUUCGACAAGCUUCUUCUCCUCUCCGGCGGGAAGACCUGCUACUUCGGUGCCGUCGCAGAUGUGCCGACCUACUUUGACAACAUCGGUUAUACUCUUCCGCCGAACACCAACCCAGCCGAGUUCAUACUCGACUUGGUCAGCUCCGAUUUCACUGGCAGCACGCAGGUCGCAUCCGAGGAACAGGUCCAGCAGAUCCAUCUGAACUGGUCAACUUCCUCCUACGCGGCAUUGCUAAACCAUAAGGACUCGCAGCGGACCAUCACAUACGAGGGGGAAGCAGACCAAGUCGAUGUCGAUGAUCUCGGCCAUCCGGGAAUCCCUAGCAUUACUCUCUCGCUCUUGCACCGCUCUUUUAUCAAAAGUUACCGGGAUGUCGUGGCGUACGGCAUCCGCAUUGUUAUGUAUCUGGGGCUGGCCAUCAUGAUGGGAACCGUCUGGCUGCGUCUUCCCACGAAACAAACCAGCAUCCAGCCAUUUAUCAACGCAAUUUUCUUCGGCUCCGCCUUCAUGAGCUUCAUGGCCGUAGCCUACGUCCCCGCCUUCCUCGAGGACCGCGCCACCUUCAUCAAAGAGCGAGCCAACGGCCUCUACGGCGCUCUCCCCUUCAUUAUAUCUAACUUUAUCAUUGGCCUUCCCUUCCUCUUCAUAAUAUCCCUCCUCUUCUCUAUAAUUUCCUACUGGCUCUCCAACUUUCACCCCACCGCCACCUCCUUCUUCACCUGGGUCAUGUGGCUCUUCCUGGACCUCGUAGCCGCCGAAUCCCUCGUCGUCUUCAUGACCUCCCUCUUCCCCAACUUCGUCAUCUCCCUCGCCUUAGUUGCCUUUGCGAACGGCCUCUGGAUGAGCGUCGGUGGAUUCCUGGUCACUCCUACCAUCCUCAACCCAUUUUGGAAAUACGUUUUCCACUACAUUGACUACCAGGCGUACGUCUUCCAAGGCAUGAUGGUCAACGAAUUCCAACACAGAACCUACACCUGCGGUUCCGGUUGCGCCUGCAUGUACCAGACGGAUUUAGCCUCCGAGUGCAAAAUCCGCGGGACGGGCGUACUCCAUGAAUACGGCUACGCAACGGGUCGGACGGGAAAAUGGGUAGGUAUUCUCAUUGGAAUCAUUGCCGUAUAUCGAUUGUUUGCGUAUAUGGUUUUGGUGAUUAGAAAGACAUAG